UGUAGUUCUUUAAUUUACUGGAAUCUACAUAUCGCUCGACCAAUCGCCUUUGCGACUAUUGAACCAGUCCUAGAUACUUUGCUGAGCACCUUUUUAACAUCCUCCAAUAAUCUUCAUGAUGCUCCAUCGUCACGAUUCCCCGGUUCACGGUACAUUAUCUUGGUAGUCUUCACAUGGACCCUGCUAUUAAACCUCAUUUUGGCACUAUCGCGAGCCUCAUCGGCGAUACCUCUACUGAAGAUAUUGCCAUAAAGCUGCUCAAAGCACGAGGUCAACUAUCUCCAGAAAAGUACUCUGAACUACUACAGAAGCUUCUCGUCAGAUCAUUCAGCAGAGGUUGCUCCGACCUGGUAAUUCACCUCGUCCGGCACGAGGAGGCUCCGCUGGCGAACCUCGAGCCGUCUCGAGCCGCACAAUGCCCUUCGGUCCCGGUACUCAAUGCCCUGUCAGAAGCUGGAUGGGAUGUCCUUCAAGUCGACCACAAAGCAAAUAACAACUGUCUGAUUGAUAUGGUAGUUGAACAUGAAGCGUCCGUUCGCUGGCUUAUUGAACAUGGUGCCAAGGUAGAUAGAGGGCAAUUUGACGACGAAUACGCCCUCUGGCCGCGUCCCGCGCCUCUCCUGGAAACUUGCGCCAGCUUCGCCUCGCUUGACACUUUCAAGCUCAUCCACAACAGUGGUGCUCGCAUAAGCCGGAGGACAUUACACAAGGCUGCUGAAGGCUCUGCGUGUGCAGGUGCGGACCCAGGCAAGCCGGAUGGUGGCAGGUUACAGGGCGAGGGAGAGGGGGGUUAUGGCAAGGAAGAGAGGGCAAAGGUAUUGCGGUACCUGGUCGAAGAGAUCGGUCUAAACAUCAAUCAGCUGGACAGCGAUAGCCCGAGACAUUUCCAUUGGGGGACUCCGAUCAAUUACGCAGCGAAAUCUCGAUACGGAGCGAGCACGGUAGCUUGGCUACUGGAGAAGGGCGCAGACCCCAGCAUUCUGGGACUGGACAGCAGCCAAGAUGCCGAGGGCAUUGCGGCUUACGAAGGCUCGAAAGAAACAGUGAUGCUGAUACAAGCUUGGAAGCGCAAGCAUGAAAAAUAAUCUUCUGUGACUGGCCAAAAGAGAGUUUCCAUUAAUAAUCAACGGUCUCCCGGAAACAGAAAAGCCUUUGACUGCACAGGAACCGCGGAAUAUCUCCAGCAUCCAUUAUACUCAACGAGUCAUCAUUUAGUUUGAUUACAUCUGCUAUUUUACUACAACAGGUUCCCGCUGAAGAGCUUUUACAAAAUACACAAUACUUGAGUUCUCAAAGAGCAAUUACAGUGCAUUUUCACAAUAAGCAAGCAAUAGAACGCUCUCAUUCUACUUAACAAAGUCGAUGUGUUUCUCAAGACCCAGUUAGAACAUAACGAACUCACCAAUAGCGAUGUAGUGAUCAUCUUAGAUAUUAGAAUAAUUC